AUGCUGCACCAGUCAGUCGCAGCACAGCCACUCGCUUCACUACGUGUCGCAGGCAUCGUCGCUAGCACUGCCCCUCAUUGCGCACCCCCCGGCACCACCAAGGCUGGCGUUACUGGCGGAGCAGGUAGCAGCGGGUGGGCGCGCGGGACCCGGUGGAACCUAAGCGGCGGGUUGGUCGGGUGGAGGCGGUUAGAUCGGGCCUUGAGCAGCCGGCGGGUUUCCACGUCUGCCGGGGUGGUUGUGACUGCUGCUGCAGGCGCAGCGGAGGGGGCGAGCGACGGCGAGAUGGACUCGGCGGAGCGACCCGUGAAGAUGACUCUCUUCCCACUCCAUCACGACGUGUCCUCCAUCGCCCUUCCCCCCAUCGCGCACUUCCCCCCGUCGCGCCCUUCCCCCCAUCGCGCCCUUCCCGCCAUAUCGCGCCCUCUCCCCCAUCGCGCCCUGUCCCCCAUCGCGCCCUCUCCCCCAUCGCGCCCUCUCCCCCAUCGCGCCCUCCUCCAUCGCGCCCUCCCCCAUCGCGCCCCCUCCUGUCUUCCCCCCCCGCCUCCCUCCAGCGCGGUGGUGGAGCACGUGGCGCUGUUCAGCAUGGCGGCGGACAUGGCGGAGGAGAGCGAGGGCGACAUGCUGAGCCACCUGUACUCGCUGCAGUACCACUACCCGCACCUCCUCGCCAUCUCGCUCGGCCGCAUCGUCGCCACCAAGCGCCCCGUCGGCUUCUCCCACGCGCUCUUCGCGCGCUUCCCCUCGCGCCACGCGCUCGAGGGCUUCCUCGCGCUGCCCGCGCUGGCGGCCGCCAUGGAGCAGUUCGUCACGCCCUCGUGCACCGACACCCUAUCGCUGUCAUACGAGGCCCAGGUGGAGGCGGACAUAGAGAGUGUCUUCAGGCGUGGCGAUGCGUAUGAGAGGGGAGUGGAGCACGUGGUGUUGCUGCGCGCCAAGCCAGCAGCGGAGGAGGAGAAGCAGAGGGCCAUGGUGGCGGCCCUGGCUGCCCUGCCGCUAGCAAUGGACCCGCACAUCCUCGUGCAGCUCACUGCUGGCGCCAACUUUGCUCUCGACACCGCCAAGGGCUUCACUCACGGGCUUGUGGCGAGAUUCCCCUCAGAGGAGGCACUAGAUGCUUACAACAAGCACCCAAGCCACCGCCAAGUGCUGCGACAGCAUGUUCUGCCUUUGAGCGAAUCCAUCCUGGCUGUUGACUUUCAAGUGGACCCUGUAGGGCGGGAGGAGAGGGUUUAG